GUCUGCCUGCUCGCCAGACUGCCUGCCCGCAGGGCCGCGGAGUGCCGCGCGGGGCCGUGGAGCCUGCGGAGCCGAGCCGGGGACCCCGAGCGCUGGAGGCGGCGGCGCGGAACCCAGGUGGCAGUGCUGCGGAUGGAUGAGGCUCAGUGCGCUGGUGGGUGAAGUCGGCCUUCGCAUCAUGUCAUCAUGUGUCUCUAGCCAGCCCAGCAGUGAGCAGGCUGCCCCCCAGGAUGAGCUGGGGGGCAGGGGUGGCAGCAGUGAAGGCCAGAAGCCCUGCGAGGCCCUCCGGGGCCUCUCCUCCCUGAGCAUCCACUUGGGCAUGGAGUCCUUCAUCGUAGUCCCUGAGUGUGAGCCAGGCCGGGCUGUGGAUCUCCGCCUGGCCCGGGGCCAGACCCUGGAGGCUGAUGGCCACAAAGUCUCCCUCGAUGCCCGGCUCUCAGCUCGAAAACUGUCCCUGCAGGAGCAGCCCCAGAGUGGGCUGACAGCUGGCAGCCCCGAUGUGAAUGGUCGCUGUGCCCUCUCCCUGUCCUACUCACCCGCCAGCUCCCCACAGUCUUCUCCGCGGCUUCCCCGGCGACCCACGGUGGAGUCUCACCACGUCUCCAUCACAGGCAUGCAGGACUGUGUGCAGCUGAACCAGUACACACUGAAGGAUGAGAUUGGGAAGGGCUCCUAUGGUGUGGUCAAGUUGGCUUACAAUGAAAACGACAAUACCUACUAUGCCAUGAAGGUUCUGUCCAAAAAGAAGCUCAUCCGACAGGCCGGCUUUCCACGUCGCCCUCCACCCCGAGGUGCCCGCCCAGCUCCUGGGGGCUGUGUUCAGCCCCGGGGCCCCAUUGAGCAAGUAUACCAGGAAAUUGCCAUUCUUAAGAAGUUGGACCACCCUAAUGUGGUGAAGUUGGUGGAGGUCCUAGAUGACCCCAAUGAGGACCAUCUGUACAUGGUGUUUGAGCUUGUCAACCAGGGGCCUGUAAUGGAAGUGCCUACCCUCAAGCCGCUCUCUGAAGACCAGGCCCGUUUCUACUUCCAGGAUCUGAUCAAAGGCAUUGAGUACUUACACUAUCAGAAGAUCAUCCACCGGGACAUCAAACCUUCCAACCUCCUGGUCGGAGAAGAUGGGCACAUCAAGAUUGCUGAUUUUGGCGUGAGCAAUGAGUUCAAGGGCAGCGAUGCCCUCCUCUCCAACACUGUGGGCACACCUGCAUUCAUGGCACCUGAGUCACUCUCAGAAACCCGCAAGAUCUUCUCUGGGAAGGCGUUGGAUGUGUGGGCCAUGGGUGUGACGCUGUACUGCUUUGUCUUUGGCCAGUGCCCAUUCAUGGAUGAGCGGAUCAUGUGUUUGCACAGUAAGAUCAAGAGUCAGGCCCUGGAAUUUCCAGACCAGCCUGACAUAGCCGAGGACUUGAAAGACCUGAUCACCCGUAUGUUGGACAAGAACCCCGAGUCUAGGAUUAUGGUGCCGGAAAUCAAGCUGCACCCUUGGGUCACAAGGCACGGGGCCGAGCCAUUGCCAUCGGAGGAUGAGAACUGCACGCUGGUGGAGGUGACUGAAGAGGAAGUCGAGAAUUCAGUCAAACACAUUCCCAGCCUGGCGACCGUGAUCCUGGUGAAGACCAUGAUCCGGAAGCGCUCCUUUGGGAAUCCGUUUGAGGGCAGCCGGCGGGAGGAGCGAGCCUUGUCUGCACCUGGGACCCUGCUCAUAAAAAAGCCAACCAGGGAGUGGGAGCCCCUCUCUGAGCCCAAGGAAGCAAGGCAGCGAAGAGUUGGCCCCCGAAGGGGAGGAGGAAGUGCUCUUGUGAAAGGUGGUCCCUGCGUGUGAAGUUGUGGGGUCCUGGCCCCUGGCUCCCCCACGCAUGUGCCUCCACUGCAGCCCGAAGAGUUGAUGGAGCCGGAGUAGCACCUGGACCACUCGACCUCGCAUGCCUGGCUGUGUCGCCCCACGCAGGGCGGCUGCACCGCGUUUCCAUAGCCGCAUGUCCUACGGAAACCCGCACGUGUAGAGCCUUGACCGUCAUUUCUGGUUACUUGUUUUCUUCCUUGUUAUUUUAAAGGGGACCAAAAAAACCAGCUCUGACGUCGUGGCCGCUGGCUGGCUGGCUGGCCCCAGGGGUAUGAGUUGCAGACCCAAACCCAUUGUGCAUUUUGGGACAGUUGCUUUUUAAAAUGUUUUUAUGCCAAAAACAAUAACAACAAAGAAACAACCUUUAUUGUAAAUUCAGAACCCUGUUAGAUGUACUGAGUGGAUGUGCACAGGCUUGGACUGUUGGGGGAAGCAGGCUACGCACUGUGUGGCUGUUUCCAAAGGAAGGUACAGGCAACCCCUGUGCCAUCCCCAAGCCGUGGAAUCUUCCAGAACCAUGCCUGGAGAGC